GCGGCGGCGUCUCGGGCGGUCGGGGCUGCAGGCGCUGGUGUCAGGGUUCCCGGGCGUGCGAAGGCGGCGGAGGCGGGAAAGGCAGCGAGCGGUUCAGGGCGAGCGGCCGCUGACUUUGCAGAGCAGCUCGCGGGAGAGAUGGUGAUGGCGGCUAAGAAGGGCCCGGGCCCAGGUGGCGGGGUCGGAGGCAGCAAGGCGGAGGCCGAGGCGGCUUCGGAGGUGUGGUGCCGCCGGGUGCGGGAGCUGGGCGGCUGCAGCCAGGCCGGGAACCGCCACUGUUUCGAGUGUGCCCAGCGCGGGGUCACCUAUGUGGACAUCACCGUGGGCAGCUUCGUCUGCACCACCUGCUCCGGCCUCCUGAGAGGUCUGAACCCCCCACAUCGAGUCAAGUCUAUCUCCAUGACAACUUUCACUGAACCUGAAGUUCUGUUCCUCCAGUCUCGUGGAAACGAGGUCUGCCGCAAGAUCUGGCUGGGUCUUUUUGACGCUCGGACAUCGUUGAUACCAGAUUCCAGGGACCCUCAGAAAGUGAAGGAGUUUCUCCAGGAAAAGUACGAGAGAAAAAGAUGGUAUGUCCCCCCGGAGCAAGCCAAAGGCUCCUCCUACAGCAAAGGCAGUGCCUCCACCCCUGCCCAAGGCUCUGUCCCAGAAGGGAAACCCGUGCGGACACUUCUGGGAGACCCUGUGCCAUCUCUCUCUGAUGCUGCUUCCUCUUCAAGCCAGUCUGCCAACCAGUCUCAGACUCGUACAGCCCAGGCCAGGAGCUCCCAGCCGUCCACCAAGAAAGCCAGCACCGACCUGCUGGCCGAUAUCGGCGGAGACCCCUUUGCCGCUCCGCAGGUGGCACCAGCCUUUGCUGCAUUCCCGGCCUUUGGAGGCCAGACUCCUCCCCAUGGAGGCUUUGCCAACUUCGAUGCCUUCAGCAGCAGCCCCGGCGCUCCCGCCUUUGGAAGCCUCCCUCCGUCGGUCCAAGCCCCGUUCCAGGCCCAGCCCACCCCUGCAGCCGGUCGGAUGCUUACCGGAAGUUACGGCGUUGGGAGCAGCCAGAUGUCCGCAUUUGGGGUUGCUCCUCUCGAGACUGCCACUCAGCCCAGCAGCCUUGCAGAUGUGGGUGGCCUCCUGGGACCCAGGGUGGCAGCUGGAGGUCUCCCUGGCAGUGUUUUCGGGAUGCCCAGCCAGGUUCCUGCGCUACAGCCGGCCGUGCCAGGCGUUAGCAGCAGUGCGGGGUUCCCCUUUGGAGCCUUCACCAACCCCUUCACCACCCCUGCCCAACCCCAGCUGCCUUCUACCAACCCGUUCCAGCCCAAUGGCCUGGCCUCGGGACCUGGCUUCGGGAUGAGCAGUGUUGGGCCCGGCCUCCUCCAGCCAGUGCCGCCCCCCGGGGCGUUUGCCAGCCCCUUCCCUGCACCGAUGUUCCCCACACAGGCUGCGCUGACCGAGCAGCAGACUGGCUCUUCCUUUGGUGACUUGGGAACCUCCAAGCUGGGGCAGAGGCCUCUGAGCCAGGCACCUGGGGUCUCUACCAACCCCUUCAUGACUGGAGCCUCAACAUUUGCCUCCAAACCUCCAACCACAAACCCGUUCUUGUAGCACUGUGUCCUUGGGGGAAGAAGGGGCUCCCCCCCUACUUGGUGGGGUGGGGCUCUGCUGUCCCCUUAGAGCCCUGGUGACCAUCUGCCUGUGGGGCAUUUCUGUGGGUCUGAGACUGGGUUUGGGCCUGGUUUGCAGGGUUAGGGAUCUGGGAACAGGGGAGGUGCCGAGCAUAGCUCGAGGCUGUGAAUGAAUCAGACUGUGGCCUCCUGGUCUGCCUCCCGGAGGCUUCCUCCCUGAUUGCGGUCACCUACCCAGGAAGAAGCCCAGAAGGAGCAAAGACACCCUCACCAGGAGGCCCCACAGCGGGGUAUUUGUCAGAUUAUUAAGUCUGAAGAUGGCCCUCUAUCCUGUCCCUUCCUCCUGGCCUGUGGCAAGAGAAGUUAGCGGCCUUCCCCUGAGGGAGCAACUGCUCCACGCCCAACCUUCCUAGCUGCCUCACUCCUCCCAGAAGGAAGCAAAGCCGGGAAUGCAGGGUAAAGACAGCCACAACCAGCCCUGGGACUGGGAAGCUCCUGUUGUCCAGUGCUUUUGUUUUCCUGGCUCAGCCCCGCCCCCUUCCUCCAUCUCCAUUCUCUUCCCAGGAUGCGGGAGUUUUACCUGCAGAGGACGUGUACCUGGCACUUUAGUUAUCUGUGUCAUGUUUGAAUACCAGUGUUUUAUAUUUAUAAAUAGUUUUCUAAUGUA